CAGUACGUCUGGAAAAGUUGCACGAAUGUGCUGGAUUACAAAUCCUUACAUUCACUACAUAGUGAACAUCGGCUACUACGCUUUAGUUUUCAUCUUCACGACAGGAAUCUUCAUCAUGAUCGUCACUAAAGUCGUUCAGGCCAGAAACAUAAAAGCAGUUGACGGCAAGAGAAAGACGUUCAGAAAGCAGCUGAUGAUGGUGUUGAGUUUGUUCCUGCUCUUCGGUCUGACGUGGUCUGUGGCGUUCUUCAGUUAUGGACCGAUGCUCAUUCCCUCAUAUUACAUAUUCACUGUGUUCAACUCCUUUCAGGGGUUCUUCCUCUUCCUGUAUUAUUACUGUAUUCACAAUGACGUCACGGGGCAUUUCUCUGAUGAUCCACAAAGCAUUGACGCCACUGUUUAAUUCAGCAUUAAUGCUGUGGAAACUAGUAUCAUCAAGACAGAAGACUUACUUUGUAUCAGACUUUCUUAGACCGAUCUGUCAUUGUUUAAGGGGAAACUCUCGUCAAAAUCAAGUUCAAGGACAAAAGUUACUUAUGAAUGAGAAAGGAAUGUUUAAAAUGAUGCAUGCGCAUAACAUUAUGACCCUAAAUAGGGUCAAUUUUAGUGAACUAACUAAAAAUGAAUGAUUAAAAAAUCAUUACUGUCUAAUUGUAGAAGAACAGAAUAUCGUAUGACCUGAUAUAACUUGAUUUAUUGAGUGUUAUAAUCAUAAUUUUCUCCACUGAAUGUGAUUAUGUGUGUGUCAGACUCCAACUACACAUGAAUAUCUUCAGAAUGAAAGAAAUGUCCACACACCUUUGAAUUCAUAUAGUUGCAUGAUCUUUUGAUAAAUAUUGUUAUAUGAUGCAUAAUGGGUAUAUGAAAAUACAAAAAUGCUCAACUUGUGUUUUUUGCAUUAUAGAAUGUGCUCUACUUCUACAGAAGCUGUUAUCUGUAUAAAUCUCAUUGUUCAUCAUGAUGGACUUUCUGUGGUUUCGAGAUCAUUUAUUUCACUUCAGUCAAGCUUGUAAAUAUGUGAACGCUGUUCAUUAGAUGACAAAACAACAAAGCAAGUGACAUUUAUUGGAAAGAAAGUUACUAGUUCACUGUUUCUAUGAAAAAAAAAGUUCAAUCUUGGCAUUCUCUGUUAUGAAAAUCUGAUAAAUAUUGCAAAUUAGUCAAAAUAGUACUAACAAAAGUUAUGCUGUCAUUGGUAUUCUGUUGAUAUUUUUAUUAUUAUAAAUAUUUGAUUUGGUAAACUUUACUUGAAUGUAACCAGUUACUGCAAGUCUCAGUUAAAGCCUAAAUAAAAAUGACUUAUGUUUUUAAAUGAACUGUAUAUCAC